CACACGUAAUGGGUCGACAAAACAACACAGCCGCCGAGUCUACCGUGUGAGGAAUAGCAGUUUUAUGAAUAUUUGUUGUUCUACUGGUGAAAGAAACGUUGAGGUGAUUGAACUAGCUGUACCAAGAUGUAAUAAGUAACAUUUGAUACUUGAUACGCAAAUUCAUAAACCCGUUGUACUUUUUUUAUAAUCAAUUGCAACAGUGGAGCCACCAAAUGUUACAAGCUGUAUUUCCGAAAGCAGUCGGACAAGAACACAUCUGAAAAUCGAUCUCGAUUAAAUUAAGUUUGAGGUGGUAUACAGAGGUGGCGUUGAUCAGCUGCUGCGAAACGGCUGAAAGUCGAAUAUGGGAGAGACAGGAUGAAGUGUGGUUUGUUUUCUGUCGCCAGUUUGGUGAAAAUGCCCUCCAUUGCCUGUAAUAAGCAAUGAAGUAACUACAGAGGUAGUCAGGUAACUGGUUGGACUACCUUUAAUUUCGAUAACGACGAAUGAUGGACCCCCAUACUUCACAGGAAGGUAUGGAAGUCGAUGAUAAAGAUGCUGAACGUGAAAUCACUACAAAUUCCCCAGGAGACAGUCCUGAAAGCCCUCCACCCGCAGGCUCUGAAUCAAAUGAAACUUCGGCUAAAGCGAGAAGACACAUGGAAAAAGAUGAUAGCGGAAUUUCAGUCGAAAAAUCCGAAAACAGUUCCGAUGACAAUGCGUCUAAUAAAGUGGAAGUGCAAAACAAAGAAGAAAAUGAAGGUAAUGGAGAAAAGAACGACAAUGGUGACGAAGACGACGAUUCAUCUGGCUUCCGUGGCUUCCCAGAUUUUGACUAUCCAGAGUUUCCAAAAUUGAAGCCGAAAUCAAAAACUCGAUGCUACCGAAAGAGAAGUUCUCCGUUGAGUUCUGAUGAAGAAACUUCCAACAAUGCAACAGAAGAGGCUGUGAAUGAAACCCCUGCUCGACCUAACGAUGAGGAACAAGAACGAGAACGACCAUUACCAGAUGAAAUUGAUAUAAUUGAUUUGGGAGCAGAUGAUUCUGUCCAUUCUGAGCCUCGAGAAGAACUGAGGCCACGCCGCCGCCGCUCAAGAAGCAGAAGUAAUAGUGCAGGCUCUGUGCCAACUGAUGGGCCUGAUAGUGAUUCUACUGAAGAGGAGGAUGGUAAAGUGACACCGCCAGUACUCCACAAAACAAAACCAAAACACAGAUGGUGUGUUACCAAGGAAGUUGUUGAAAGGCAGCGUGGCUUCCCCGGCCGAUGCCAAGGUCCUUCCCUCUUUCAUCAACGUUGUUAUGGCUCGCUGCAUGCCGUCCAACGUCUUGAGUUGAUGUACAAGUUGGAUGCCCAUCAAGGAUGUGUGAAUGCUCUCCACUUCAAUGCAGCUGGAAAUAAGCUUGCUAGUGGUUCAGAUGACCUUGGUGUUGUGAUAUGGGACUGGGCUGUUGGAAAGACAUUAGUUUCCUACGACAGUGGUCACAAGAGCAAUGUCUUCCAGGUAAAAUUCCUUCCCCUGCGGGGUGACACACACGUUGUAUCUUGUGGACGAGAUGGCCAGGUGCGUCUGGCGGAGCUUUCCUCCACAGGACAAUGCCGUGCAACUCGACGCCUUGCACAGCACCGUGGACCAGCCCACAAGCUGUCCAUACUGCCAGACAGCCCACACGUCUUCUUAAGCUCUGGUGAAGAUGCGGUUGUAAUGUCGGUGGAUGUGCGUGCACCAAAGCCUGACAAGCUGCUGGUGGCGAAGGAACGUGAUAAGAAGAUUGCUUUGUAUAGCAUCCAUACCAAUCCAUUAGACAGCAACCUCUUCUGUGUCAGUGGCCGUAACUGUGCUGUACGAAUCUACGAUCGUCGCCAUUGUUCUGAAAGUAGUGCGCAGCCUGUUACAAAGUUCUGUCCCAGCCAUCUGGCAGAACGUAGUACAACAGGUUCCGGUAUGCAUGUUACGUGUGCCACUUUCAAUCAUGAUGGUACUGAGCUGUUGGCUUCGUACAAUGAUGAAGAUAUCUAUCUUUUUGACACUCGUUCUACGACAGGAACAGAAUUUAUCCAUAAGUAUGAAGGUCACAGGAACAAUGCUACUGUGAAAGGUGUUGGUUUCUUCGGACCUCGAAGCGAAUUUGUGGUCUCUGGAUCGGACUGUGGAAAUAUUUAUUUCUGGGAGAAGCAUACAGAGGCAAUUGUACAAUGGAUGCGUGGAGAUGAAAAUGGUGUGGUGAAUUGUCUUGAGCCACAUCCUCAGAUUCCAGUUAUUGCUACAAGUGGGUUAGAUGAUGAUGUGAAGAUUUGGGUUCCAUCUUGUGAGCAAGAGCCUGCCAUGACAGGUCUUAAGUCUGUUCUGCAACGCAACCGCCGAGCAAGAGAAGAAGAAAGUGGUCGCGAUCCAGACAGUUUUGACGGCCAGAUGUUGUGGAUUCUGUGGCGACACAUUCGUCGAACUGAGAGGCGUAGAGGCCGUGCCCGAGGCACACGAGAGCAGCAGCAGGACGAGAUGGGAGAUAGCUACUCUUCAGAUGACUCGAGCAACAGCUCAGAUGGCGACCGUGAUCGCCGCUUGCAGUGUUCUCCUUCAUAGUUGGCACCAGCAGCGGUUGACUGCCCCCCAUCCCUAUGUUGUGCCAUCUGAACCCAGCAAAAUUAAUUUCCUCUUCCUUAUAAGUGGACAUGGAGUGCCUGGCUUCUCAACUCCCACCUUGUUAGCUCUGUAAUCCUUCAAUAGGAUUCCUGUAAUAUACAUUCAUUCUUUGUGGCAUGUUUGAGAGGAGUUUGUGUACCAUCAAUUCACUUACAUGUCAGCUCAAUGGAUCAUAUCCAUUGCCUGUCCAUUAAUACCAAAUAAUAUUAAUAGAACAUAUUCUUCUCUUAAAAUAUUUGUUAGAAUUAUUUGUGCUAAUUAUUUGUUCAUUUGAUGUUUGUGUAAAAUGUUACUAAAAACCAAAAAUUUGGAGAACAGAUUUUUUUUUCUUCUGUAUACAUGCCACAACUCUUCAUGAAAUUAAAUUUUAUUAUUUGGGUGGUUUAAUAUGUUGGCAUUCUGAUCCUUGUAAGUGCCACUCUCUUCUACAAAGGUAUGUUUGGGAUCAGAAAAUGUGCUUUUCAGCUCCAGCAGAAACAAAGACUGAAAUAAGAUUUGAGGUUUGGCAUCACAUGCAUGAAUAAAUAACAUAUAAGUGAAUGUGAUAUUUGUCAGUCCUCACCAUUAAGAUUGACUGUUUUAUAAUACGGAUUGUUAAUUCUUUGCUUCUCUCUCUCUCUCUCUCUCUCUCUCUCUCUCUCUCUCUCUCUCUCUCUCUCUCUCUCUGCCCCCCCCCCCCCCUCCUGCCCCUCUUUUCCCCUCCUCCUCCUCCUCUUACUCUGUCUCGUCCUCCUCUCUUCUUACAUUUUCAGUUAUUUUCUUAAAAAUUUCAAUGGUUUAUUGUUGCUCUGUAUAGAUGUUAGCUCUGGCAUUGUAAGUUAUAUUUUGAUGUUUCACAUACACUGUUUGAAAUGAGAUAUAUUUUUGUUGUAUGUGAGCGUCUUGAACCACUGUUACAGAAACUUUCAGAAUGUAAAAUGUUGUAAAUUUGUCUAGUUAUGAUGUAAAAGAGAAAGUGUAAACAAUAAUGUAAAUUUUCAAUAAAUCACACACACAUAAA